GAGCCAACCAUGUCGUCUUCAUUCUUCCCUGUAUUCAUCGCCCACUUCUCCUGUUCUCCCUCUGUAAUUUUAGUUCCAUGCAUCAUAAAUUCAAAGGAUUGUGGAACAGAUCGACGGGGAUCGUGGAAUUGAAUGCUGUAAUGGGGUGCUAGUUUUUGGUGGAUUAUAUUUUUUUUCUGGGAAAGUUUGGAUCUUUGUUUCUGGGAAUGAGAUUUGGGCAUGGGUUUAGGGAAUCUCGUAUUGAUUUGCAGUGAAUAAUAAUUGGUGUUUUUUGAGGAUCAUCGGAGAAGCUAAGAAUGUCGUCGAAGGUGGUGUACGAGGGGUGGAUGGUGAGGUAUGGGCGGCGGAAGAUCGUGAGAUCCUAUAUUCAUAGGCGGUAUUUUGUGCUGGAGAGUCGGUUGUUGGCUUACUACAAAAGGAAACCUGAGAGUAACAAUGUGGUUCCAGUGAAGACACUAGUGAUAGAUGGGAAUUGUAGGGUGGAGGAUCGAGGGUUGAAGACUCAUCAUGGACACGUGAGCUGUUCUCGACCUAAUAUAAUGGUUUAUGUCUUGUCAGUUUACAACAAGAGAGUGCAAGACAACCGUUUCACGAUGGCAUCUUUCAACAUUCAGGAGGCUCUAACAUGGAAGGCGAAAAUCGAAUACGUGAUUGAUCUGCAUCAAGACUCAGUGAACACUAAUAGCAUUUCCUUUGAAUAUAAACCUGACAUGGAAAGGAAUGAUUCAUCAUCAGAUAAUGAGAGCCAGUUUAGUGCUGCUGAAGAUGAGGAGGAUGAUUCUAACCAGGAAUUGUUGAGGAGGUCAACAAUUGGGCAUGGUCCUCCUGAGUCCAUAUUGGACUGGACAAAGGAAUCGGGUUCCGAUUCUGCAAACCAGAAUGCUAAAGCUACAAAGUACUGGCGCCUGGUUCAAUGUCAAAAUGGGCUUCGCAUAUUCGAGGAGCUAGUUGAUGCUGACGCUCCAAAGAGAUGCAGAAGAGCAAUGAAGGCUGUUGGGAUUGUUGAAGCUAGCUGUGAAGAAAUCUUUGAACUUGUAAUGAGCAUGGACACAACAAGAUUUGAGUGGGAUUGCACUUUCCAAUAUGGUAGUUUAGUUGAGGAGGUGGAUGGGCAUACAGCAAUACUCAAUCACAGACUUCAACUUGACUGGUUCCCCAUGUUCGUGUGGCCCCGUGACCUCUGUUAUGUGCGUUACUGGCGUCGAAAUGAUGAUGGUACCUACGUGGUAUUAUUUCGUUCCAGGGAGCAUGAAAGCUGUGGUCGACAACCAGGAUAUGUGCGAGCACACAUCGAGAGUGGUGGAUUCACUAUUUCCCCCCAGAAAUCACGCCAUGGGAUUCCCAGAACAAAGGUUCAGUAUCUCAUGCAGAUUGAUCUGAAAGGGUGGGUAGUGGGUCAUCUCUCAUCAUUUCAACAGCACUGCCUGUUUCAGAUGUUAAACAGUGUUGCAGGACUUCGUGAAUACUUUUCACAAACUGAUGGAAGGACUGCAGCCCCAGGAAUCCCAGCUAUGGUUGAUAUGGCAUCUGUUUCAUCUAAGAGGAACGAGAAGUUCAACGAGAAUUCUUCUCCUCAUAACCGCAGUCCUUCUCUAGAUCAAAUGAGCGCUGCAAAUAAAAAAGCAGCAAUGUUGGAUGAAUACUCUGAUGAGGAUGAAGACUUCCAAGUGGCAGAUCAAGAGGAAGGGAAACCCCUCCUUGAAAAUGAAGUGAAGAAAACAGCCCCUGAAGAGGAAACCACAGACCAAAUCGAUUUCUCCAUUUUCUCUGGCAAUCUUCAACAUGAUGACCGAGAUGAUGCUCGUAACUCCUGGAAUAUAUCUGAGGGAGGCAACUUUAAAGUUCGUGGCAAGACUUUUUGCCAAGACAAAUCAAAGGUUCCUGGUGGUAAACAUAUGAUGGAUCUUGUGGCAGUGGAUUGGUUCAAAGAUACAAAACGAAUGGAUAAUGUUGCAAGGCGCCCAGGUUGUGCUGCACAAGUUGCUUCAGAAAAAGGACUCUUCUCUUUUGUUGUAAAUCUGCAAAUACCCGGGUCAACACAAUACAGUAUGGUUUUCUAUUUUGUCACAAAAGAAUUGGUACCCUCUUCCCUCUUCCAAAGGUUUGUUGAUGGGGAUGAUGAGUUUCGCAAUAGUAGACUAAAGCUAAUCCCAGCAGUGCCCAAGGGCUCGUGGAUUGUGCGCCAAAGUGUAGGAAGUGCCGCUUGCUUACUUGGGAAAGCUGUUGACUGUAACUAUUCCCGAGGUCCCAAGUAUUUGGAAGUUGACGUUGAUAUAGGCUCUUCCACAGUCGCAAAUGGAGUAUUGGGGCUCGUGAUCGGUGUUAUAACAACACUAGUAGUUGACAUGGCUUUUCUUCUACAGGGAAACACUCCAGAUGAGUUGCCAGAGCGGCUCCUGGGGGCAAUCCGUCUAUCGCACAUAGAACUGUCAUCUGCAGUUGAGCUGAAUAUGGAGUCUGAUACCCCCGCUACUUCUGAAUAGAACAGACAAAAGCAAGCCAGUUUUCACAAGAAUCGGUUUUUCAUAUAUACCUUAGUUUAUGUUGUUUUCUAUUCCUGAUGUAUCAAUUAGUUCAAUGUUUUUUUCUUUUUCUAUGUAACUCC